AUGGAUCCGGGACCAAACGGCAAACGUCCUCGCCUUGGGUCGUGGUCUACCUCGUCUCCAACUCCAACUUCUCUUCCUCAUCCUCAUAGUUCAACAACCCCACGGACAGCUCCUCCUCCUCCUCCUCCUCCCCCUCCAGUCUCUCACUCGCAUCAUCACCCAGGCUCAGCUUCAUAUCAGCAGCAGUAUCCGCCCCGAGCAAACGACCUUGGAUCCGGGCCACCAGCUCCAGUUGUUAUACAUGGUCAUGCGCAACCUCAACAUCCGGAUCUUGACCGGCGACAUCUUGACCAGGAAACUCUUGCUCCGAUGCAAGAUCACUUUCGCCAACCAGGUCCUCCUCCCCAGCCACAGGGUCAUCACCACCCAAAUCAACCGCCGUCACCAGCACAUCCUUCCCCAUAUCUCCAAUACCCUCCAAGGGACUCUGUCAUAAAGCGAGAGUCUGGCGACGACCCGAGACGGUCAAAUUCCGCUGGAGGACAUGCGCCGGAUUCUCUACCUCAUACACCACACCCUGUGUCGGCCUCUCAUCCUCCUCCACCUCAUCAACCGGCGGUAGCAUAUCCGCCAGACGGACAACCACGGCACAUGGGAUACGAAAAUGGGCCGUCGAUGCCUCCCACACCGGGAGUGUAUCGUCCUACUAGCUAUCCACCACCAACACCGACACACCAACCUUCGUAUGAAUCCCACGGCAACUACACCCCGGCAGCAGAGCCCUUUUACGGUGUAUACACUUCGUCGGCGGCGGCAAAGAAGAAGAAUACGAGAGCAUCGCAGGCAUGUGAUCAAUGCCGGCAACUCAAGGCUAAAUGCGACGAAACAAAGCCGUGCAAAACUUGCCGUGAUAAGGGCACAGAGUGUCGAUACCGCGAUCCAGUACCCAAAGCGACCGACAAAGCUCAAGCUGAUAUUCUCGAAGGCAUUACCAUGGUCUCGCAUAGUAUCAAUAGCUUAAUGGAGCAGGUGGGACGUAUGGACAAUAAGCUUGGACGUCUGGACAGUAGGGUGGCUAAACUGGAAUCCUCGGUGGGGAGCCAUCCGAAUAGUAACUACGUCAAGAUGGAUCCUGUCGCGGAAGAAGAGCUCAAAACGCUGCCUCGAAGUCCCUUUGAAGGCGAGAGCGAGACUACACCGCAUUACUACAACGACACUCCUCGUGAUCUAUUGGGUCCAGCUACCGAGCGCGUGGCCAUGCGCCUCAUGGCAGAAGAUGAGUUAGAGGCAGAACCAGGUCCUCCAGUGCCUCCAGGCGAGCCUGCGAUUCCAAUCAACCAUACCACACUUGCCGGCUUGCUUCUUGACUGGCCGAUUAUCAAGGAUAUUGUCAAGCCGCAUUUGGACACUGAAGGCAUUCGACACAUCAGUGAAUAUCCUAUUAGCCACGAACAAAACCGAGGUGUUCUUAUUGUGUAUGGACGCGGAGAAGACUCUCAUCCGUCUCGACAUGUGCGGGAAAUUCCGGACCACGGCCAACUUGAUAUGGUUGACGACUCCUCUGACACAGCAUCUCCAUCUCCCGCUGCCGACUGGGGACAUCUGGGUGGACUAAGCCCUGCAGAUCAAGUGGUUGAGUACAAAGGUGGUGUUUUGGCCAGCGAUGGAAACCCCGAUUUCUCGGAAAAUAAAGUAUGGGACUAUGUCCAAAGCUUUGAAAGAAAUAUUUUGAACAUGCAUCCAAUUAUUCAGCCCAAGGUCCUUCACGAAUGGGUGCGGCACUUUCUGGAUACCUUGCCGCCUAUGUCAACGCACUCGAAACCCCACAAACUACCCAAGGGAGCUUCUUCCUUUGCCGUAGGUGGAAUGGCUACAAAUAUGGUGACGGAGACUACCGGUUCAAAGCGCAAAAGGUCACCGGGACCAGAUGGAAUGGAGGUCCCAUCGACGCCUGGAGGGGGGAGGUCGGGACGACCAGAAAGAUCUAUACACAAUGCUCUAAUACUCACAAUACUGGCCCUGGGGAAAAUUUGUCUGCACAGAGACCGAGUCUACGAUGCGGUUCACCACCUCGAGCCUUUACCUCACGGUAGUCCCAUGGCCAAAAAUGGAAUUCCGCCUUCUCCGAGCCAGGGUUCACCGCCAAGCACGUCCUCUCACUCCUACUCCUCAGGCGGACCGGCGGCAUCACCAAAAGAAACAGAGCGAGGGUUUCAGAGUAGACGGUCAUCAAUUCACGGAGGAAGCGCUGGAAUCAACAGAUCCGGAUUGGGGCUGAAGAAGAAUUAUCAGGCAAUCCCUGGGCUAGAAUACUUUGCCUUUGCCACAGAUAUUCUCGGGAACCAUGCCGGCGCCUAUAAAAAUAUGAAGAACAUCUAUGCUCUGAUAUUCGCCGGGCUUUACCAUGGGCAGCUUGCUCGACCAAUGGAGAGCUUCGCGUUUAUUCACCAAGCUAGCCACAAAUUGCAGGUCAUUAUGAGACCGAGCUUGGAUAAGCUUCGCCGUAUCAAGACGGAGGAAAUGGUAAUGAUACGAGACGCCAAAUAUAACCAGCUAGCCUUGACGUUUUGGUCCUGUCUGCAGCUCGAAAGCGAUCUUAUUGCAGAACUUCAGCUUCCACCCUCUGGGUUACUCACAUACGAAGAAAACAUGCCGCAUCCAAACAUGAGCCUGCUGGAAGGGUUUGAUCAGAGAGUCCUCGAUAGCUAUUUGGCACAGCUUUAUCUUCGAAAGCAUCUUAAUAGCAUCCACCGCAUGUUUUACGCCCCCGACAAGAACAAGAACAAGGACGAUUCAGAACCAAAAGAGUUCGACCCCAAGUUCAAUAACGUUGGAUUGGUUGCAGAUGCCGUGUCAAGCAUGGAGUGGGUUGCACAAAGUUUUGCCUUCAAGGAGGAUGAUCCUCCAGCAGAAGAAAUUCUCGCUGCACGACUGCGAGCCAAAUAUUGGGGCGCACAAGUAAUUACUUACCGCCCGUUUAUCCGACAAAUCCUGAUUUGGUCGGACAAGAUGCAGAACCAUCCAUCCAGCCCGCACAUGCAUCCAGUGUCCGAGUUUCGACAAGGCAUUUUGGCACCUGUCAUCGAUCCAUCUGCGAAGUCUCGGCAGGAUAUCCAGCCGAUGGUGAUUGAAUAUGCGAAACGAGGCAUCAAGGCCUUGAUUGAGAGCACUAGAGCGUUCCACAGUCUGGGAUCGGAACGGCCAAUCAUUACAAAUGUUUUUGGAACAGCCCAUGCUCAAUGGGGAAAUCUCUUGGUCUUGUCCGCAUGUUUCAAAGAUGAGGUGCUCUCAUCAGAGAUUGACGCCGGCCUUCUCAUGACACUUUUCACCAGAACCAUUCAGUUCCUGCGACAGUCAAGUACGGCAACAGGGUCUCUGAGAACCGACAUGCAUAUAUUGGAAGGGAUCCAGCGAGAUUUAUUCACCUCAGGUGGCGAUGCGAAAAUGUCGAGGAGUUUCUCGAGCAGCGCAAGUUUACCAACACCGAAACUUCCAAUGGCUGCUCCCCCACCGAUACCGAAUCCUAAUUGA